AUGAAGACCCAAUGUUUGAUUAUUAGUCUUUGGACACUGCUAGAGUUGUUCGGAUUUUCCUGGGCAGUUUCUGGUGAAGAGUUUGUAUUUCCUAAUGAACCUUCUGUAGUUUAUACUUACAAUCGAUUUGUGGAGAUUGAAAAGCAAUGCAGUUCUUUUCUAUCCUCAGCUUCUGAGUUGAAACCUGAUGAUAGUAGAGGUUAUAGACUUAAGAAUGAGCUCUCCUUCUUCGAUGGAGAUUGGGAACAGGAGAUUGGUGGUGCACCAUUGAUGCCAUUUGAUAAUAGUGAUAUGCCGAGAGACAGUGUAUCUCUGACCUCUCUCAGGAAACUGGUUAGCUUUGAGGUGAAUGAUGUGAAUUCAGUGUAUCAGUUCAAAAACACAAAGUCAAUCCAUCUCAGAACCAGUAUUGUAGAGGUAGAAAUCAUAGAAUCUAACGACGCCCCUUUAUCAGUUUCUGGUGAAGAGUUUGUAUUUCCUAAUGAACCUUCUGUAGUUUAUACUUACAAUCGAUUUGUGGAGAUUGAAAAGCAAUGCAGUUCUUUUCUAUCCUCAGCUUCUGAGUUGAAACCUGAUGAUAGUAGAGGUUAUAGACUUAAGAAUGAGCUCUCCUUCUUCGAUGGAGAUUGGGAACAGGAGAUUGGUGGUGCACCAUUGAUGCCAUUUGAUAAUAGUGAUAUGCCGAGAGACAGUGUAUCUCUGACCUCUCUCAGGAAACUGGUUAGCUUUGAGGUGAAUGAUGUGAAUUCAGUGUAUCAGUUCAAAAACACAGUUAGUCUCAAUGGAGUUUUGUCAGUUGGCAUAUCUAGAAAUGGCUCAUUUUUGCCUGAAUCGUAUGCAAAGUUUCAGAUGAGUCCUUAUAUGUCUGCUCUCCAAAUUAAUUUUCAAGGAGUUUAUAUGGAAAUCGAAGAAAAUGGCGGGCAACACCUGACUUGUUUGUUAGGAAAUUCAACUUUGCCAAUUGGGAAUUAUGAUGAUUAUUUCUCAGACCUGACAAACACUUUUGGUGGCACUUACUACCACGAGAUUCUGCUUUUGAGUCCUCAGACAAAAUAUCUGUUUAGUCCUGAAGAGCUCAAAUCAAGAACUUGUAAUCCAUCUCCACUGCAAAAAGAAAUGGUGGAAGAUGGUGUGAAGAUGUUUGAUGGUCCUGAGUUUUGUAAGGUCCUACGGCAUCUUGCAAAUGAAGUUUAUGACGUUGCGCCACAGUGGAGAUUCGGUAGUGGAAAUGACGACCUUAGCAGGUUGGGCCCUUCUUGCUUGAGCGGGAGAUUAAGGCUUCUGAUUGGAGUUAUGACAGUGUUAGGCUCAUUAUGCAGAAUGUCUUGUGUGAACCGGAAACAACUCAAAAUGAGAACAAAAACGCAAUGGUUUCUGCAGUAUUUAGAGUAUUUUCUUCCUCCAUGGAAAAAUAUGAGGCAGCACGGAGGACUGGUCUCUCGGGCCUGA